AUGGUCAAAGAAACAAAGCUUUAUACACUGCUUGGAGUUGCGCCAGGUGCGUCCGACGCGGAGAUCAAAAAGGGUUACCGGAAACAGGCCCUCAAGUACCACCCUGACAAGCCUACCGGUGACACCGAGAAGUUCAAGGACAUUUCCGAGGCAUUCGACAUUCUCAGUGAUCCAGACAAGAGACAGGUGUAUGACGAUUACGGUCUUGAAGCUGCUAGAGGCAAUGCACCCGCUGGAGGCAAUCCUUUCGCUGGAGCUGGUGGUGGAGGAGGACCCCAAUAUUCGUCCUUUGGAGGAGGUGGUCGCGGCCAUCCAUUUUCGCAAAACGAUGCUUUCAACAUCUUCUCGCAGUUCUCGUCGAAGGGCGGAAUGGGUGGUGAUGAUUUCUUCUCCAGUUUCGGUGGAGCUGGAGGAAUGCCCGGUGGAAUGGGUGGAAUGGGUGGAAUGCCUGGUGGAUUUGGCGGAUCUGGCGGAUUCGGUGGAGGUGCUCCCAGAGCGGAGCCAGCGACAGUAGAUUUGAAGUUGCCAUGCAGUUUAGAGGAUCUGUUUAAGGGAGGGGUGAAAAAGAUGAAGAUCAAUAGGAAGGGACCUUCGGGAGCACAGGAGAGCAAGGUGCUAGAAAUCAACAUUAAGCCCGGUUGGAAGGCCGGAACGAAGAUCUCGUAUCCAAACGAAGGUGAUUACCAAGAUGGACAAAGACAGACGAUCAGAUUCACAAUUGACGAAAAGCCUCAUCCCACAUUCAAGAGACAGGGAGACGAUCUGGUGGCCACCAUCCCGAUCACUUUCAAGGAAUCGAUGCUGGGAUUCGACAGACAGAUCGCAACUAUAGACGGGCGCCAGAUACCAAUUUCGCGGACUUCUCCACUUCCUACAGACGCACAGACCACCUAUCCGGGAAUGGGAAUGCCGAUUUCCAAGACACCUUCACAGCGUGGAAAUCUGUUGAUCAAAUUCAAGGUGGAUGUUCCUUUGAGACUGAGUCCAGAGCAGAAGGAGGCCAUCCAGAGGUAUUUUUAA